CACUCACCCACUCCACCCACCAUACCUUGCACCCCCCCCGACACCGACUCUCCCCCACCCGAUCAGAGGGUAUCUGAGCCAUGGACUCUGCGUCCAUCCUGAUGCCCUCCCAGCCGAGCCAUGCGGCCUCAUUUCCACUCACCAAUGGCCAUACGUCGCCCCUGGCCGUCCACGUAACCUCUACCGACGACCUCUCCGUACACAGCGAGAGCGAAUUGUCCGAUGUGAAGGAAGCCAUCGCCGAAGACGCCUCAUCGGAUGAAGACGCCCCAGGCGAGGUCUACAACGAGGUUGAGGACGAUGGCGCUGACUCGGACUCGUCGAUGGACAUCGACGCGGAAGGCGAGCCCGAUGGCGACUAUGACUCCGAAACUCCACCGCCGGUGUCAGCUACAGCUGGCCGUGCCCGCAGUUCGACGUCCGAGGAGUCGAACCGGUCAAGAAAGCGGAAAGCGAGUAUAGAAGAAGACGACUUCAUCACCCAGAACCCAGAGCUCUAUGGGCUUCGACGAAGCGGCCGAGCUCGACCCAGCCGUCGCAUUGUCGAUAGCAGCGACGAGGAUGACUCAUCUACUUCGGAUCGUCCGAGGAAGCGACAGAGGACAGCCUCGCGGAAAACAUCUCACCAAGUUACCCCGGUAGUACAGUCUGCGGGUUCCGAUUCUGACUCUGACGCAUACUUCAAUGCGCGGAAGAACAUGCCUACCAAGAAGCAAAAGCAGCGUCAGCUUCAAGUCGCUGCAGGCCUUCUUCCCCCUUCGCGCAGCGAGAUCCGAUUCUCAUCUAGGCGCACCAAGCAGGUCACCAACUACAAUGAAGACGAAGCGGAUAACUUUGAAGAGGAGGAUGAUGAGUUUGCUACUCCCAACUAUGAAAUGACUCUCGAAUACACCGGACCAGUCAUUGAUAAAGUACUAGAUCAUCGGCCAAAAACAGGCAUUGAACUCGACCCGGUCGAUGCUGAUAAGAAGGAUUUUGAGUACCUCCUCAAAUGGCAGGACAAAGCCCACUACCACUCGACCUGGGAAACAUACGAAUCCGUAUCCUCCUACCGCGGUUUGCGAAAACUCGACAACUACUACCUGAAAGUUGUCGACAAGGAUAUGCAGUAUCAGGCUCGAAGGCAAGACGAGCCUGAGGAGUACGAACAAUGGAUGGUCAUACGCGAGACUGAGCGUGAGAGUCAGCUUGAUUUCCAUCAGGUAGAACGUGUCAUUGGCAGCAGAGCUGGUGAUGAUGAGACAGAGUACAUGGUCAAAUGGAAAGGAUUGACCUACGACAAUUGUACCUGGGAAUUGGCUUCUUUGGUCAGUGAGUUGUCGCAAAGCGAGAUCGACCGCUUCCUUGACCGAUCGUCGAGGUUGCCCUGGUCCGACUCUAAAGAAUCUAGUCUUGCUACUCGGAAGAAGUUCGUUCCUCUGAAAGAGCAGCCUGAUUACAUCAAGCACGGCCAGCUACGAUCAUUCCAAUUGCAUGGCAUCAACUUCCUCGGGCACAAUUGGGUUCGAGGUACCAACGUUAUUUUAGCCGAUGAGAUGGGUCUCGGAAAAACCGUCCAAACUGUCGCGUUCAUGAACUGGUUACGCCACGAUAGGAGGCAGGAUGGACCGUUUAUCUGCGUUGUCCCUUUGUCAACUAUGCCCGCCUGGGCCGACACCUUCAACAAUUGGACGCCUGACCUCAACUACGUUAUCUAUCAAGGCAACGACAAAGCUCGAAAGCUGAUUCGAGAGCAUGAGCUGCUCGUUGAUGGCAAUGUCAAGAAGACCAAAUUCAACGUCCUCAUGACCACAUACGAAUACGUGCUUCUGGAUUGGCAGUUUUUGUCAACAUUGAAGUGGCAAUUUCUGGCAGUCGACGAAGCUCAUCGGCUCAAGAACCGAGAGUCGCAGCUUUACGACAGGCUCCUCCAGUUCAAUGCACCCUGUCGCCUCCUCAUCACUGGUACUCCAAUCCAGAACACUCUCGGAGAGCUCUCUGCUUUGAUGGACUUCCUCAUGCCAGGCAAGAUCUCCGUCGAUGAAAACGUUGACCUCUCUUCUGAAGAUGCGAGUCGGAAGCUUGCCGACCUUAGCGCGGCUAUUCAGCCUUACAUGAUCCGACGAACGAAGGAAAAGGUCGAGAAUGAUUUGCCACCAAAAUCCGAGAAGAUCCUUCGAGUGGAACUUUCCGAUAUCCAACUCGAGUACUACAAGAAUAUCCUCACGAGGAAUUACGAGGCUCUCAAUGAAGGCAGCCAUGGCCAGAAGCAGUCUCUGUUGAACAUUGUGAUGGAGCUGAAGAAGGCCAGCAACCAUCCAUUCCUCUUUCCCCAGGUUGAGCACAAGAUCAUGAAACAGUAUACCACCAAGGACGAACAACUGAAGGCGCUCAUCACUACAAGUGGCAAGAUGAUGUUGCUCGACCGGCUGCUCACAAAGCUGAAGGCCGAUGGCCAUCGUGUAUUAAUCUUCAGUCAAAUGGUGCACAUGCUCGACAUCCUCACUGACUAUCUGAUUGCACGAAAAUACUCAUAUCAGCGAUUGGACGGCACCGUUCCGGCUACUGACCGGAGGAUUGCAAUCGAUCACUUCAAUGCCCCAGACAGCCAGGACUACUGCUUCCUCUUGUCCACUCGGGCCGGCGGUCUUGGGAUCAAUCUCAUGACUGCCGAUACCGUGGUAUUGUUUGAUUCCGAUUGGAACCCUCAAGCGGAUCUUCAAGCUAUGGCCCGAGCGCACCGUAUUGGCCAACAAAAGCCCGUCACCGUCUACAGAUUGGUGUCAAAGGAUACAAUCGAAGAAGAGAUUCUCGAACGCGCACGAAAUAAGCGCAUGCUUGAAUUCAUCACGAUUCAACGUGGUGUAACAGAUCGCCAACAGAAGGAGAUGACCGACAAAAUAAAUCGUGCUGCCGGCGAACCUAAUUCCGCGGAUGAUAUCAACCAAAUCCUCAAGCGCCGUGGCCAGAAGAUGUUCGAGCAAUCAGGCAACCAGAAGAAGCUGGAAGAACUUGAUAUCGACAUGGUCCUUCAAAAUGCCGAGGAGCAUAAAACUGAGCAAGCAGCUGGCCUAACUUCCGAUGGUGGCGAAGAGUUCCUCAAAAACUUUGAGUACACUGAUGUCAAAAUUGAUCUCGAGUGGGAUGACAUCAUUCCCAAAGAAGAACUCGAAGCCGUAAAGGCCGACAUCCAACAGAAGAAAGAGGAAGAGGAAACACGUAAGCUACUUGAAGAAAAUGCUCCGCGAAAGCGCAAAGCAGCCCCUUCAAAUGAACGUGAGCAGCGCUUAGCAAAGAAACGAGCAAGAGAAGCUGUGGCUGCUGCUGAUGAGAACGAUGGUGAUGAUUCGAACACAGAGAAGGACCCGAAGCGCCCACUCAUUGAUAAGGAGAUUCGCAAUCUCAUACGUGCCUAUGAGCGGUACGGGUCACUAGAGGAGCGAGGCGAAGAAAUGCUUCGCGAUGCAAAACUCGUUGGUCGAGAUGCCGAUCUACUCAAAUCCACGUUGGACGAAGUUGUUUCCAUCAGCCGUGACCUCGUCAAGAAAGAACAGGCGAGGCUGGAUGCUCUAGAGAAAGAAGAAAACCGAGUCCUUACAAAGAAGGAUAAAAAGGCCGUUCUCUUCGACCACAAGGGUGUCAAGCGCAUCAAUGCAGAAACCAUCCUCGAGCGACCGGUCGAAAUGCGCAUGCUAAAGGAGGCUACCGAGGCCGUUGCUGAUUGGCGGAACUUCCGUAUACCUGAGGCCAUUAAGCCGGCAAGCUACUCCUGCUCCUGGGGGGCUCGUGAAGAUGGCAUGCUCUUGGUCGGGAUCACCCGUCAUGGGUACGGAGCCUGGGUCGCUAUUCGUGACGAUACGGAUCUGGGCAUGACUGACAAGUUCUUCCUCGAAGAGCAGCGCGUCGACAAGAAGGAGGAACGCAACAAGGCCGAAGAAAAGAAUGCAAAGUCCCCAGGCGCUGUGCACCUCGUACGACGAGCCAACUACCUCCUUACGGUCCUCAAGGAGAAAACCGGGACCAAUCCUAACGCCAGGCGUCUCAUCGAAAACCAUCAUCGCAAUAACAAGAAACAUCAUUUGAAUGUCAGUCGACGCCCAGAGAAGACAGCGAGUGUUUCUGCCAGCCCUGCUCCAACUCCGGUGCGCAAGCCUCCCCGCGACUCAGAGAGACCCCAAGCGCGUCCACAGAGCAAUAGCGAAAGUCGCCACUCCGAAAGCAGAGGCGACAGUCGCCCACAUGAACACGGUGCCCAUGAACACCGACAUAGGCACGGGGAUCACUACCGUCCCUCAGAUAACCACCGCAGUCCCCAUCAUCCCAACGAACGUUCUAGCGUCGAUCGACGCCCGCCGCAUGCGGAUAGGGCUCGUACUCCCGAUAUGCGCCGCAAGAUCGGUAUCGAGAACGAGAAGCCAAAACCUAAGGAGGAACGACACCACAGCCAAGAUCACCACAGCCACGGUCACAGCCACAAUCGCAGCGUGGACUCUCCUAAGGUGAAGAAGUCUGAUGAAUUUCUAGAGCGUAGAUUAAGGCCAGUGCGCGACAAUCUCGGCCGUCUCAAGAAGGCGACGCCGAAGAAUUAUCCCGACAAGAAGUCGGUGGUUCAAAUUAUCAAAGUUGAGCUCAUCGCAAUUGGUAACUUCAUCCGUGCAGAGACUCGGGACAACGCAGAAUUAGAGCAGCGACUUUGGAACUACUUCGUCCCGAAUUACUGGCCACGGCCAGGAGUUGACACUGAAAAGAUUAAGAAGUCCUAUGGACAGUUAAUGAGCCAGGAGAUGGCCGCUAGGCAGAAGAGUGGACAGCAACCCAACGGCGCAAAGUGAAGAAGGAGCACAUAAUAGACGAAUAUGAAGUUGAUAUUGAUUGAUUUGCCAUGCUCUGUGGUUGCAUGCGGGAAGAUUCUAUCAUUACUUGGUGGGGGU